UGGCUGACCAAUUGGCACUAACCUCGCCGAGAAAGACCAAAAAAAUUGAACAGCGAUCCUCUUGAAUCAUCAUCGCAAGAUCAAUCCAUGAGAUCGUCAGCGAGAAAGCUUCUCUCGCAUUCUCUUCGGAGAAACGCCGCCCCUGGAUCUCACUUCCCGGCUUCUCAUCAGAAGAUGUGGAACUCCACGGCUGCACCACCACCACCGCAAGACGAAAAUCCCGAUCAGAACUCGAUCGACGCAGGAUCAUCCAUGCGGAAACCAAUCAGCUUGUGGCCUGGGAUGUACCAUUCCCCCGUCACCAACGCGCUCUGGGAAGCGAGGCGCAACAUGUUCGAAACCGGAGAGGACGGUGGUUCGCGAUCGGAGCUAAACGCCAAGACUCCGUCGCGGAGCAGGACAUCGAUCCUCUACAAGUUUUCUUCCGAUUUCGUGCUUCGCGAGCAGUACAGGAAUCCGUGGAACGAGAUUCGUACUGGUAAAUUAGUUGAGGAUCUUGACGCUCUUGCAGGAACCGUCUCCUUUAAGCAUUGUAGCAGUGGUGAUGGGAGUGCGAGGUCGAUGAUUUUGGUGACGGCUUCUGUGGAUAGGAUUAUUAUGAAAAGACCUAUUCGUGUGGAUGCUGACCUUACUAUUGUUGGCGCUGUUACUUGGGUUGGGAGGUCAUCCAUGGAGAUGCAGUUACAAGUACUACAGACUCUAGACGCCAAUCACCCCUCUGAAUCAGUUGCUCUUGAGGCAAACUUUACAUUCGUGGCUCGGGAUGCCAAGACAGGCAAGUCAACUCCAAUUAACCCAGUCACUCCAGAAACCGAACAUGAAAAAAAUCUCUGGAAAGAAGCAGAAGAGAGGAACAAACUACGGAAACAAAAGAGAGCACAAGGUAAAGAAGAGCAAGAGAAGUUGAAGGACUUAGAGAGGCUAAAUGAUUUAUUGGCAGAAGGACGAGUAUUCCAGGACAUGCCAGCUCUUGCAGAUAGGGAUAGCAUCCUGAUUAAAGACACUUCCCAUGAGAACACAUUGAUAUGUCAGCCACAGCAACGGAAUAUCCAUGGCAGAAUAUUUGGAGGCUUCUUGAUGCGCAAGGCUUUUGAGCUUGCCUUCUCCAAUGCUUACACUUUCGCUGGGGUUUCCCCACGUUUUCUUGAAGUUGACCGUGUCGAUUUUGUCAAACCUGUGGAUGUUGGGAACUUCCUUCGUUUCAAAUCACGUAUACUGUACACGGAAGCUACUAGUUCAGCAGAACCGCUAAUAAACAUCGAGGUUGUAGCUCAUGUCACAAGUCCAGAACUCAGAUCUAGCGAAGUAUCGAACAGAUUCUACUUCACAUUCAGUGUAAGACCUGAAGCAAUGAAAGAUGGAUUGAAGAUAAGGAAUGUGGUUCCAUCAACGGAAGAAGAAGCAAGAAGGGUGAUUGAACGCAUGGACGCAGAGAGACCCAUCUCAUAGCCUUGAGCGCUCCUCCCUUUUUGAUCUGAAUAAGAAGCUUGUCUCCACAUUUUUUUUUGCAGAGGAAUUCAUGUGAUCAUAUUCUUUCUCCUUUGCUUUCAACUUACACUUAAUCGAUGAAAGAUAAAUUCAAACUCAACUAUGUCACUCAUGUGAUGUUUAUUGAUACUUUCUGUAAGAAAAAGCUUCCCAUCCUUUUUUUUUUUUUAAUGUUGAAAAUAAACAGUACUUUCUUUAUUUUUAAGUGC